GUUAAAAAGUUGGUAUGGGUUAUAUGAUAAAUUUGAAGAUUGUAAAGUGGAAACAAAUAAAAUUGGGAAGUGGAUUGAGUUAGCUGAUGGGUUUUAAUAGUAUUUUUGAUUAAGAAAUUAUUAUACUUUAUAGAGGUAGUUAGAUAACUUCAUGUGGGGAAUAUAAAAAUGGUAAGAAAGUUGGUAGAUGGGAUAUUUUAUAUUUUGAUGAAGUAAUGUAAGUAUAUAUAUUAGAAUUAAUAGUGGAGGAGGAUCUUAUGAAAUCUAUGAUGAUAUUUAAGAUUCAGUAAAAAAUGGGAAGUGGAUUGAUUUAGGUGAUGGUUUGUAAUAAUGGAAAUAAUUGAUUUUUAAUGGUUAUUAUUAAAAUGGUUAGAAAGUUGGCACAUGGGAAAAGAUGAAAACAGAUAAAAAUAAAUUGGAAGAAGGAUUUAUAAAAAUGUAAAUAUUAGAUAUUUUAAACAAAUAUUUAGUAAAGAGUUGAAAUACGAUUGA